AUGAGACUUUGUCAAGUCACAUUUCUCGAUCAUCAUGCAUGGAAAUCAUUUUACAAGUCUUCCGUAAAACGGAUUAUAGAGUUGACCAAUAGUUACACGGACUAUUUACAAGUGUCAAGCAAUUAUCGCCAAUCAUUUCUUUCAUUAUUGAAACAAAUCAACGAUCAAGUGGAACGACAUCCACAAAAGCUUACAGAAGACAUUUUAAAGCUCCCAACACCAUCCUCCAUGAACACCUAUCCCUUUGUCGCUGCCGAAGAAUUUAUGGUGAGCUCAUCAUCGAUUCCUUAUGAUCUUCAAAGUCUCGCAAAGAAACAUGGCCCAAUUUCUGUAGUGGUUUUAGGACCAGAACAUUGUGGAAAAACAAGUUUUUUAAUUUCUCUUUGUACAGAAAAUUAUCCUGAUGAUACUCCUGCUGCUAUCUUUGACGUUGUCAACGAAAGAGUGGACUACAAGGAUAUUCAUGCGAACAUUUGUUGGAGAGAUACUAGAGUUGAUAACGAAUUUGAUUCCAGAUUCUCAUCAAGAUUCCUCGAUCGAUGCAAUGGUCAUGUAUUUAUUCUUUGCUUUGAUUGUUCAACUCCUGAUUCAUUAAUACCACAAAUCGCUCAACAAUUCGUUCCUGAGUGUCAUCAUUUUCAUCCUGGAGCUCCCGUUAUUCUUGUUGCUACAAAAAUCGAAUUACGAAAUGAUGCACACACUCUCAACUCAUUAAGAUACACCAACAAAGGUUCACUUCCAUCUAAACCAAUCACUAAAGAGUAA